AUGUCAGAGAAACCUAAAACAAUUCCUAAUUAUGUAAAGUUCGCUUUUGGUGGUCUUUCGGGAAUGGGAGCUACUUUAUUUGUACAACCAUUAGAUUUAGUUAAAACACGAAUGCAAUUAUCAGCCGGAGCUCCUGAAUAUAAUACAACAUUUAAGGCUCUUCGUACAGUAAUUGGUAAAGAAGGUUUUUUUAAACUUUAUACAGGAUUAUCUGCUGGAUUGGCACGACAAGCAUCUUAUACUACAACUAGAUUAGGUGUAUAUACAUGGCUUUUUGAAAUAACAAAUAAAAAACAUGGUACACCUAAUUUUUUUAUGAAAGCAGCAUUAGGAAUGACUGCUGGUGCAGUAGGAUCAUUUGCUGGUAAUCCAACAGAAGUUGCACUUAUAAGAAUGACUGGUGAUGGAAGAUUACCACCUGAACAAAGAAGAAAUUAUAAAAAUGUAUUCGAUGCUAUUUUUAGAAUUACAAAAGAAGAAGGAGUACUUACUUUAUGGAGAGGAUGUACACCAACAAUUAUGAGAGCUAUGGUAGUUAAUGCAGCACAACUAGCAACAUAUUCUCAAUCAAAACAAAUGAUUUUAAAUAGUAAAAUUGUUGAGGAUGGUAUUUUUUGCCAUUUCUUAGCAUCUAUGAUUAGUGGACUCGCAACAACAAUUGUAUCAAUGCCUGUUGACAUUGUUAAAACACGUAUACAAAGUAUGAGAAUAGUAGAUGGUAUACCUGAAUAUUCAGGUAUGGGUGAUGUACUAAAAAAAGUUAUCUCAAAAGAGGGAUUCUUUGCUUUAUGGAAAGGUUUUACACCAUAUUAUAUGAGGCUUGGUCCACAUACUGUCAUUACAUUUAUCAUUUUAGAACAAAUGAAUUCAGCGUACAAUAAACAUAUAUUAGGAGUUAAAGGAAAAGCUGCAUUAUAA